CCGGCGCCCGGCCCGCAGGCGCCGCGGGUGGACCUGCAGGGCGCCGAGCUCUGGAAGCGCUUCCACGAGAUCGGCACCGAGAUGAUCAUCACUAAGGCCGGGAGGCGGAUGUUUCCUGCAAUGCGAGUGAAGAUCUCGGGCUUAGACCCACAUCAGCAAUAUUAUAUUGCCAUGGACAUUGUGCCAGUGGAUAAUAAAAGAUACAGGUAUGUUUACCAUAGCUCUAAAUGGAUGGUGGCUGGUAAUGCUGACUCGCCAGUACCACCUCGUGUUUAUAUUCACCCUGAUUCUCCUGCCUCAGGGGAAACUUGGAUGAGGCAAGUGAUCAGCUUUGACAAAUUGAAACUUACAAACAACGAACUGGACGAUCAGGGACAUAUCAUCCUUCAUUCUAUGCACAAAUACCAGCCCCGUGUUCAUGUCAUUCGUAAAGACUGUGGAGAUGACCUGUCACCAGUCAAGCCUAUCCCUUCGGGAGAAGGAGUCAAAGCAUUCUCUUUUCCUGAAACUGUUUUCACUACUGUAACAGCAUACCAAAAUCAACAGAUCACUCGAUUGAAGAUUGAUAGGAAUCCAUUUGCCAAAGGAUUUAGAGAUUCUGGACGUAACAGAAUGGGACUGGAAGCUUUAGUUGAGUCAUAUGCAUUCUGGAGACCAUCACUGAGGACACUUACAUUUGAAGAUAUACCUGGGAUACCAAAACAAGGAAACACGGGCUCCUCUACCUUACUCCAGGGAUCUGGCAGUGGAGUACCAUCUACCCACCCUCACCUCUUACCAGGGUCCCCUUGCUCUUCUCCUGCCUUCCACAUCAGUCCCAACACUAGCCAGCUCUGUAGCCUUGCUCCAGCUGAUUAUACAGCUUGUGCCCGCUCAGGCUUAACCCUUAACAGAUACAGCACUUCUUUGGCUGAGACCUACAACAGGCUCACAAACCAAACCAGCGAGACCUUUGCACCCCCACGGACUCCCUCUUACGUUGGUGUGUCAGGUAGCACAACUGUGAACAUGUCGAUGGCGAGCAAUGACGGUGAUGCAUUCAGCUGCCCACAAACUGGCUUAUCCAUGCAGAUUUCAGGGAUGUCUCCACAGCUCCAGUACAUCAUGCCAUCCCCAUCCAGCAAUGCCUUUACCACUAAUCAAACCCACCAAAGUUCUUACAAUACAUUUAGACUCCACAGUCCCUGUGCCUUGUAUGGAUAUAACUUUUCCACAUCCCCCAAACUGGCUGCCAGUCCUGAGAAAAUUGUUUCUUCCCAAGGAAGUUUCUUGGGGUCUUCACCAAGUGGAACCAUGACUGAUCGGCAGAUGUUGCCCCCUGUGGAAGGAGUGCACUUACUUAGCAGCGGGGGGCAGCAGAAUUUCUUUGACUCUAGGACCCUAGGAAGUUUAACACUCUCCUCAUCUCAAGUGUCUGCACAUAUGGUUUGAUGAAGUCUUUAAGUAAAGUACAGUAUGUUUGGUGUCUACAAUGUAUUUCUUUUGCAAUAUAAAAGGACACAGUGUAGCUUGUAAAUGUAUAUAUAAUAUGAGAGGAAGUUUCACUGAAUCUUUUGACUUGGUUGUGGCCAGACUUGUUCUUUAUUUUGAGUUACACUUGAGUUUGUUGCAGCACAGUCCACUUGCUUCUCUAGUAUAAUACACUUAGUUGUAUAACACAUUGGAACAUAUGCAACAAAUUAAGCAAGGCUUCCUCUCCUUCUUCCCACUCCCCCUUUCUUAUCCCUUUAAGGAACAAAAUGACACUUAAAGAAUUAAACAACACAACAAAGCCACAUACAUUUCCCAUAAAACCAGCAGAUUUCCUUAAAAUGUUUGUACAGUGCUGAGCUGGUACACCAAAGACACAUUGCAUGUUUCUUCUCUGUUAUAAGAGAUAUGAAAGGCAUUUGGACUUGGCUGUGUGAAGCAUGUGGAGUCCAGUCUAAAAUACAAAUUUAGCUAUGGAUUAGGUACAAAAUAAAUUUGAAAUAAUAGCUUUCUUUUUCAUGCUAUACUUUUUUUAGCCUGUCACAAGUUUGACAUUCUUUUGAGGUUAGUCUAGUUUUGCCUUAUAAUGUAACCUCAUUUAAAAACAAAUGCAGAUGCAAAUUGUGGUGCUAAGAGUAAACUACAAGCAGUAACAGAAAUACCAGCAUUCCUCUGCAUGGAGUCAGUUUUGGGGGGAUUAAUUUCUGUCAAGGGAAAGGUUUGAUCUAUUUUUUCCUUUAAAAUAUUUUCUAUAGAAAUUCUCUAUUUUAAAACUUUUGUAAGAAAAUAGAAUAUUCUUAUAUAUCGAUUUUUUUUUAAUUUUUUUUUUUUUGUGUAAUAUAUAAAACAACCCCAAAUGCAGGCUUAUUUUUUUUUAAACGUUUUGCAUUCAGUUUAAGUUAAUGGAAUGAUAAAUUCCAUUAUCAGUUUUACCCCUCCUGUUUCUUAUUAAGAGAAAAAUUUCUUUCCACUUCAGAGGCCCGAAAAAGGAUGCUGAUUCUUGAGCCUAAAUUAAACAGGUGGCCCAAUUCUUCCCUCAGUUUCAGAGCUGCUAUUGGAAGCAGAACUUGGUAGUAGCUGCCCCAUGUAACUACAGAGAAUUGGGAACAGGGUGAUUACAAAUCAAAUUCUAUGGUGCUUUGCUUGGGAUUCCACAGCAUGGCACUUAUUGCCUAUUUCCCUCCCUCUGGGAUUGUUCUUUCUUUCUAUGUCCUUUCUGUCACUAGGUCACUCCUGCUUUGUUUUUCAAACGCUCUUCUCCAUGGAAUUUAAGUUGUUCACUUCCUGUAGUUGGUUUUAACUGAUUUCUUUAAGUACACAGACCCCAAACCAUUCUUGACAAAGUUCUCUUGGAUGACAGCGAAGUGCACCUAUGUCAAAAGCAAGAUCAUUGGCAAGAUUCUCACUUUGGUUACACCUGUGCGAUUACUUAGCUGCAUAUUUGGAGAUGUAUUCUCGCCUAUGUACCUACCAGAUUUUUUUUAAACCUGCAAGUCAUGGAGAAGAUUUUCAUACAUAAAGAAGAGAGCUUUAUAUUUGCUAACACUGAGGCUUUCAUAUUACCUGAAUGAUGCAGAGAUACCUUAAAGUGGGCACAAAUGUCAUUUGAGGACACCCCUCAUGGCAAGGGUUGUGCAUGGGCAGUUUAGUAUAAAUAGGAAUAAAACUCUAAGUUCAGUGUUCUUCACUUUCAGCUUUCAAUUAAAGUAGCUUGUUACAUUUUUCAACAGUCUGUUUUCCGGCAAAUGUAUUUUAGCUGGUUUAACUUUUAAGAAACACAUUUUAUAACUAUAUUACAUCUUCACUGGAAUUGCAGUAAAGGGAGAAAAACAGCUUCCUCCCCAUUAUUUGGGGCUGGGCUAGGUAUUUUAUAUAAUUUGUAAAAAGGGAGUCCUAUCUACAAAGCUCCAGUCUCCAAUUUGGGAAGCUUAAAACUUUACCAUAGGUUUUGGGAGACAUGGAUUCACUAUCCUGCUUCACCAGACUUCCUGCAUAAUCUUGGGCAAUUCACUCAGUCAUUCUGUGCCUUAGUUCCUCGUCUGUGAAAUCAAAUAGCACUUUCCCACCUUGCAGGGUGGUGUUCGGAUACAUUCAAGAGUGCGAAGUGUUCCAGUACUCUCUCUCCCAUAGGACUGGGAGAUAUCAGUGGAACUUGGUGAUUCUGAUUUUGCAUUUAGCCUUUCCCAUGUCAUCAAUGUUUUAUGACAAAAGAAAUACAAAUUGUGAAAUGCUUUAAAAUGCAGUAGUGAUUACAUCUUCGGUUGCAUAAAUGGUCAACUUCACUGACUUCCGUUUGCAACAUGGUUUCAUACCACACUUCUGGCAAGCAUUUGAAAUCUCGCCAUUAGACAAAGCUUGAAAUGGUUGUAAUGCUAUAUUUACUCUUAUGUUUUAAAGGGAUAAGCAAGAUAUUUUUCAGUAUAACGUGUGUCACCUCGAAGAAUAUUGGCUGAGUGGACGGGGCUGGUAGACUAAAUCUUGCAAGUCCUUCUACAGGGACAAGUCCUGUAUUAAAGACUGCAGGAUUAUGUGUGUGUGUACAGGUGCACAUGUGCUUGAGGAUAAUAUUUACAUUGUAAUUUUUUGGCGAAUUUAUUGGUACAAUUUACUGAUCACUUUUUUUUCCUAUUAUUUUUAGCAUAUAACCUCACAGUAUUUUUCUGAAACAUUUUUUUUCUUGUAAAGUUGAGUUAAUAUUGUAAAUAGUGAUUGGUGUGUCAUUUCAAAGACUAGCUUUUUAUCAUUAUAGUAAAUGCUAUAUAUGCAUUUUGUCUAUAAUUAUAUAUCUGUAUUUUAUAAAAAAUGCCACAGAAAUUAUAUUAAAGUGUGUAUCUAAACACUUUUUAUAACAUUUGAAAAAUUAAAGGGGUUUUAUUUUGGUCUGCAACUUUAACAAAUAAAUCAGCAUGAGGUAAGACCUCAAGUGCAAAGGCUUUGUCAAAGUUAGUAACAUACAACUGAGUUGAUAGUCAGUGGCAUGGAGGUAAAUAAACCUACCGAAAAAAUACUUUUGUCUAGGGUAGCCCUACUUUCUAUUUCUCUGUGUUAGCCUUACACUCACUUUGGGGUACAAAAUUAAAAUAAUAGCAAAUUGGAACAAUAGUCUUCUACCGAUACUAUACAGUGUUGCAAAUGAAUACUGUAAGGGUAGAUCCUGCUAUACAGAGAGGGGGAAGUAUUUCACUGGUUAUAAGAAAAUGGUCUCCUUAAGAUCUGUGGGACGUGACCUAAUAUUUUAGAAGUUUAACUCCUUGUUUGAAGGAAGGGGGCAAUGAGUAGCUCUAAAUUCAUUAUGUUGAGGUUAGUUCCAGCAAAUCUAUGCUAUGAGCAAUUCAGCAGUGGAAAUGUCUUUCAUCAUUAGGAUUAGCCUUAAAGCUUUGUAACCCAACUAUACUUUAAAAAAAACGUAGAGGAGCCAAUUGCUCUUUAUAGGAACUUUAAAAAAAAAUAAGCCACAAAAUAACUGGUUUUAAGGAUUUAUCGUUUUAUAAUUUUACUGCAAUAAAUAUAUAGCUCUCUUAUAUAUUGAAAGACUUUUUUCAUUGUGUGCUGCAUAUUGUCUCCGACUUCCAUGGCAUGAUUUUUUUCAGGUUUAGUUUGGAGUCCAAACAUAAAUUUCAGUUAAAUAAGUUAUCAUAAGCCUUAAAUUGCUAAUAUUUUUAGGCUUCCUCCUGACAAAAUAUAUUGACUUGUCAGUGAGGCUCUGAAUUUGUGUGUUAAGGAUCAGAUAUAAUACUUUUCUUCAUACUUACUGAAAAGUUAGAGCAUAUAUGUCUUAUUUAAUCUGCACUGAACCAAGUCAGCCUACCUAUCCUGCUUCAUUUUCAUUCAUAUGAAUCAGUUAACACAAGUAAUUCAACAUGUUGUCAAGCCAAGCUGAAGUGACAUGCUCUUUUAUCAUGUGGUAGCAACGGGUUAAUUGAUGUUGUCAAUGACUGAUUAGGGAAUAAAAACU